AUGCCUUCAUCCUUUGCUAAGGCAGGCUCAUCAGGCUCUGAAAUUGAUGCACCAAAUGCUAUGGUUGAUGAGAAGAGAAGAAAAAGAAUGAUUUCAAAUAGAGAAUCUGCAAGGCGGUCGCGAAUGAAGAGGCAAAAGCACAUGGAAGAUUUGGUUAGUGAAAAAUCAAUUUUGGAGAGAAAGAUAUAUGAAGAUAAUAAAAAAUAUGUUGCAGUUUGGCAGAGCCAUUUUGCUCUCGAAUCGGAGAACAAAGCUUUGAGGGAUGAAAAGAUGAAGUUGGCAGAAUAUUUGAAGAAUUUGCAACAAAUUCUUGCAAGUUAUAAAGUCACUGAAUCUGACCAGGAUAUUGAAGUUUCAGACAGAUUUUUGAACCCAUGGCAAGUUCAUGGUCCAGUGAAAUCCAUCGCAGUUUCUGGGAUGUUCAACUUUUAG